AUGGCUUAUGGAUGUAUCGACGAAGAAGAGUUUGCAGAGAACCUGCCAAAGAUAAACAUUCUGAUUGAUCACGGAGUUGAUGUCAACCACACGAAUGCAAAAGGGGAAAACGGACUGCAUAUUUGCUGCCAAUAUCGCAGUCAAGAAAUAGUGGAAAUACUGCUGAAAUGUGGUGUAGCGGUCAACGCCCUGAACAAAAAGCACCAGACACCCUUGUUCAUGGCUUGUUGUGGCGCUGUUUCUGCGCGUGAAGGAAAGGAAGGUAUCUUGACUACCCUGACAGUAUUGCUGGAGCAUGGGGCAGAUCCCAUGAUACCAGAUGAACAAGGACUGACACCACUUCACGUGUUGAUGCUAAAAAAAGCAUCAGAAUCUGAUAUUGCAUCAUUCGCUGAUGUCUUAGUUAAACAUGGAGCUAGCCUGAAUGUCAGAGAUAACAUGCUACGCUCUCCUGUACAUUAUGCAAGUUACGCAGCUGCCCACCAGAAAUGGCUAACAGUAUUACAGGAGUUGAUGCCACUUGGGGCAGACAUUAAUUUGCAGGAUGCGGAAGGCUUUACCCCUGUUCAUGUCACUGCUACACGCGAUCGCAGUCGCCUGACGACAUUUCAGUGGCCUUGGGACUGCAUAGAAGGUAACGACACUGUCAAACAAGCGAUCAACUGGAAUUGUUCUCGAAAAAAUGGAGUGACAUUGGCUCACAUUGUUUUAGCUCACAAAGGGCUUAAGCUUGGAGGGUGUGAAGUUCCAUGGGACAUAAAUGCACAAGACGAGUUUAUGUCAACACCAAUGCACUAUGCGGAAUUUACAAAUAACACCAGUGCACCCUGUUAUGUGUGGGUUUCAGGCACUGUAGCUGACGUCACGUUAGCAAACUGUUUAGGGGAAAGUGUCAUUGAUUGUGCAGUGACAACGCUUAACCAAGAAAUGAUCGAUCAACUUAAAAAGUACGGAGGGAGCCCACCAACAUUGAAAAAAGAGAGAAGGGUGCCAAGCAGUUCCUGCGAACUUUGCGCUCAGUUUUCAAGGCAAGGUGAAGGCCCUUUUUAUAAGCCAUUUGAAAAGAAGGAAGAGCCAGUUUCAGUGGAUGUGAAGAAAGUUCAAAUAAACCCACCAAUAAACGUGGAGGAAUACGUGGAACAUGUUUUGCACACACCGAGGAGAGGAAAAGUAUCACUUCAAAGUGACGAAGUGGCCCAAAUUUGCCAGGAAACGGAAAACCUUAUAGGGAAGAUUCUUGAUAAAGUAGCCCACUAUGAUCCUCGUUUCCGGUCGAUAAUGAUCGUAUCAGGGAGUGUUCGUGAGAGAACCAAGGCUGGACUGCCUGAUGAGUUUGAUUUCAUGUGCAAGCUUGAAACGUUCAGCCCUUGUUGCAGAGUAAUCGAAGACGAUACAUGUUCACCCGGUUUUGUACGUUUAGCGAAGAGUGCUGAUGCCUGUGAGAGCGUGAAUGAAUUCUUUGAUAAUGAUGGAUAUCUGGUGCCAUAUUUGGUCAGGUCCAAGUUCCAGCAAAUCGUGAGGCAGGUCAUGUUUGAUUCCAAGUUGUGGCAAAAUUGCCGAAUCUGCUCCAAUUUCGUCCUUCCCAGCUCAGACACGAGUAUUGCCACUCCUAAGCCGUCAAUCAUCAUCGAGCUCUGUUGGAAUGGCCCAGUCUACAAGAACAUGAUAUACUCAGUCGAUGUGGUGCCAGUCAUAGAUGUCGGGGCUGCGUUUUGGCCAAAGGAUGCAAUCUCGUAUAGCCCUCUUCUAGAAAACAUUGAAAAACAGUGCCUUUUCACGAUGACUAUUCCAAGGUUUGAACGUGGUAUUUUUGGGAAUGAAGUGAGAAUAUCCUACUCUCUUGUCGAGAGUCAAAUCUUUGACAACAUUCCUGAAAACCUCAAGGAUGCCUAUAUUGUUGCUAAAGCUAUUCGUGAAGUAUGCCCAGCAUUGGUGGAUGAAGAGCAAAUUUUCCACGAUGAGAAAUAUCAUUAUGCCUCCUCUUUAUUUCCCUCUUAUUGGUUAAAAACGGCUUUGUUUCACGAACUAGACAAACACGGUCUGGACGAGAAGCACAACUUAAAAGUAUGGGUGCAACGAAUCUACUAG